UCGGAACCUAAUUGUCAACACCUGUCUCUCCCGCGCAACGGAAUCAAUAGCUUCUGUGAAGCCUCGCCACUACCAGUCUUCCUCCCGACAGUCUAUUCCAUCACUUUUGCAUAAUGGUUGCACACGGAGGCCACGAUGAAAUGGCCAUGGGGUCAAUGGAGGGAAUGCAUGCGAGCGAAACAUCCGGUCAUGGCGGCAUGGCAAUGGCCUUCUUCACAGCAACCAACACUCCACUGUACUCCAAAUCAUGGACCCCAUCAUCAGCUGGUCAAUACGCUGGAACGUGCAUCUUCCUCAUCCUCCUCGCUAUUCUCCUCCGCGCCAUCUUCACAGCCAAAACCUUUCUUGAAAUCAAGGCAGUAAAGAACGCUCUGCAGCGUCGCUACGUUGUCGUAGCUGGCGAGAAAACAGUCCUCGACGACGAUGCCAACUCGACACAUGGCAUUCUCACGACCAAUGGCGUUCAGGAGAAUGUCCGGGUUGUGUCUGCACCAGUAUCCCACAUCCAACCCUGGAGGUUUGGCGUUGAUCUUCCACGAGCCUUUUUGAUGACGGUUGCGGCGGGUGUCGGAUACCUCCUCAUGCUGGCAGUCAUGACCUUCAAUGUCGGAUACUUUCUCUCUGUUCUAGCGGGUACGUUUGUCGGUGAACUUGCUUUCGGCAGAUUCAAUCAGGCCGCACCGCAUUAAUGGCCGAUGGGACUCUGCUUUGACUUCGUAUCCGCACCGUGCCGGAGUCUAAUGUUGUAGAUGCUCUUGUAAUACCUGCCCACUAGAUGAUUAGUUACCCAAUUAGAUAUUCUCCACAAAC